UCCACUCCAGGACUAUGCCAAUCUUUAGCCAUGCUCCUGCCAGCUGGUCACCUGCUGUCUCUCCUGCUGGUGAUAGGCCCAGGUGGCACGGAGUCUGGUCCCCGGGCACCUCCGCAGGGCUGUUAUGCGGCCGAAGAAGCCGGUGAGCGGACGUUCCGUUGCAGCCAAGCAGGCCUGAGCGCGGUGCCCACCGGCAUCCCCAACGACACGCGCAAGCUCUACCUGGAUGCCAACCAGCUGGCCUCGGUGCCAGCUGGAGCCUUCCAGCACCUGCCUGUCCUGGAGGAGCUGGAUCUGUCCCAUAAUGUCCUUGCCCACCUCUCGGGGGCCGCAUUCCGGGGCCUGGCAGGCACACUGCGCCACCUUGACCUCUCUGCCAACCGGCUGGCCUCGGUGCCCGUAGAGGCCUUCGUGGGCCUGCAGAUCCAAGUGAAUCUGUCUGCCAACCCCUGGCACUGUGACUGUGCCCUCCAGGAGGUGCUCAGGCAGGUGAGGCUGGCCCCGGGCACUGGAACAGGCAUCGUGUGUGGCCCCGGAGCCCACCCGGACCUUGUGGGGCAGGAGUUCCUGCCGCUGGCAGGGAAGGAAGAGCUGUGUGGGCCUGGGCGUGGCGGGGCCCAGCGGAGCACCGACGUGGCCCUGCUGGUCACCAUGGGGGGCUGGCUGGCGCUGGUUGGGGCUUAUCUGGCCCACUACGUGUGGCAGAACCGGGAGGAGACCCGACAUCCCCUCAAGCAAGCCCCGGGGCUGCCUGUGCGCUCACAGGACUCCUCCACACUCAGCACGAUGGUCUGA